UGCAGUGUGUGUGUGUGUGCGUGUGUGUCUGUGUGAGCGGGCAAAGUUUGGUUCCGAGGGAGUGGCUCGGCCAGUUGUGAUCGGGACUUGGAGGACUCCCCAGUGGAAGCCAUUGGAUAAAACCACAACGUUUUUAUUUCGUCGAACAUUCACAUCAUAAAUUUCGAACUCUUAACUAUCUGAACGAAACGAACAUUGAAUUAAGAUAUUGAAGUGUUUCUUCUGUUACCAAGAAGGCAGCCGAAGUGAAACUUACGUGAACUUAUAUUCAUUCUCAAGCGUAUGUAGGCAGACAUCUUGAAGUUGAGCGUGUGGCCUCUUUGAAUCUAGUCGAGAGAUCAAGAGCUCCUCUUGUCGGAGAGACAGCGGGAUGAACUCGCGCUUUCUUGACGAGUGCAAUGCGACAAUCCAUUAUUCGUCGUUUGAGCAGUAAUUGCUGGCGGGUCACUCAGCUCUCUGCGAGGGAUGGGGAGAAGGGUCUGGUGAGAUGGAAGUGACGGGAUGUCUGGUAAUACCUUCCCAUGCCUCCUCCUCCGCCUCCACCACCGCCACCACCUCCGCAUGCGGCUGCCUCCCCUGCCGCUGCCGUGACGGGCAGGAGCAUUGCCUUACCAAUACCCGACUCCUCAUCAUGCCAUCACUGCCACAUCCACGCUCCCAUCCCGGCCAAGGAUCUCAAACGCACUCAUCCACUCAGGUCCUCACUUCAUGCCGAACCUAAAGUCGAAGUAGCUUCUGUACAUAGCAGAAAUCACGAUGGCCCACUCAACUUCAGGAAGAAUGUGUCUUUCCUUUACCGGAAAAUAUACAAAAACGACGCCAAGAUUGCUGCCAAACACAAACAUCAAACGGAGACGGCUGCCGCUACGCUAACCAUACUCAAUCCGAAAUCUCUUCCAAGAGCUAGUGAUAUUCAUCCUCUUCCAAGAGCUAGUGAUAUUCAAUCUCUUCCAAGAGCUAGUGAUAUCCAACCUGCAGUGGUCAUAGACUCUUUGCCGCCCCUACCACCUCUCCCCUUGCGUAGUAGUUAUGAACGCCGUCGCCGCCCUGUGGGCUUGGCAGGGCUACAGGCGGCAGUUUUAAUUGGUGGCUACGCCCUCUUGUUAGUUCUGGCCAUAGUCAUCGGGGUUGUGCUCAGCCAGGGUCAGGUUGGGCGUCGAGGUCGAGGACGUCGCCCUGUUGCAGAGUCUCCUCUGCCGCAGAGACCCGCGUUCCGUGGUGCGGCGCUUUCUCCGUUGGAAGGUGUUGCUCCUAUUAGAAUUGCUAGGCCUCGCACUCCUCAAGGUCGCCCUCGUUCAUCUGUAGGUGUCCCCUUACCUGGUCCUCCUCCACCACCACCUCCCCCUCCCACCACCACUCCUCUCCCUCCCCCUCCUCCUCCAGCUAAUGAUUUCCCUGACUAUGACUAUGUUUAUGUGGAUGAUGCCCCUCAGGCACUGUUGCCUAAUCCUGUGACUGCUGCUCCUCGACCAGUGUUCAGCCCAGAGCCACUCCCAGCUCCUCGUCAAACAGUCGUAGCUUCUCAGCCAAAACGACCCAAUGCAGCACCUCGUCGUCCAACUGGAACUUUGGCAAGCAUUGACAGGGACUUCAGUCUCGAUGACCCAGACCACAUCCGAGGACGCAAAGAACCAGAGGUCAAGAUUCUUAGGUCUUGGUCCCACCAAAAUGCUGAUGGAACUUUCUCAUGGGGAUACGUCAACACUGAUGGAUCUUUCAAGAACGAAACUAAGGGUCUCGACUGCGUUGUCAGAGGUGUCUAUGGCUAUCUCGACAAAGACACCGGCAGGGAAGUAUCUUUCCCCUAUGAGUCGGGCAACCCUUGUGACCCAGACGCUCCCGAUUAUUACUAUGAUUAUGACACCAACACCAUGAGGAUCAGAGAUGGCGUUACUGGUGAAGUUCAGGCUCGCCCCGGUCCCGGUGUUGGUUCUCCUGGACGGCGACAGGGAUAGAAACCCAGUCCAUUCCAGAUGAAUGAUGACUCGCUUUCCAUGCGACCUUCAUGAUACCUUAAGACACCCUUCUGUAGAAUAGAAAUACUUCAGUGAACGGAGUACAUAUACUUUGUAUAUAUAUAUGCAUUUGGAUUAAGUCAGUCUUUUCAUACUUUUUGAUAACUUUGUAUAAAUUAUUUCAGACCGCUUUAAAAGAAAUUUUUUGACUUUAAAUAAAUUCUAUAAUUUCACUCUAUUCAGUAUCCUUGUCUCGAGCUGCCAUAUUUUCAGUUUCUUAUUUAUCUGUUGUUAUAUAAAAUAAAAAAAAUAAACCUAAA